UGCAGUUGCUUCACACAUCUACAAGUGCACAACUUGCAGAAAGUACAGGAGACAUACCCAAGAUCAACAGAUGUCAGAUCUACCAGAGGACAGAAUGGAAACAACACCCCCAUUCUCUUACUGUGGUAUUGACUGUUUUGGACCUUUUUAUGUAAAAGAAGGCAGAAAGGAACUUAAAAAGUAUGGACUUUUGUUUACAUGUAUGUGUUCCAGGGCAAUACAUGUUGAAAUGUUAGACGACCUUACUACUGAUGCUUUUAUUAAUGCAUUGCGUUGUUUGAUUUCUAUUCGUGGACAUAUAAGACAAAUAAGGUGUGACCAAGGGACUAAUUUUAUUGGUGCUAAGGGAGAGUUUUUGAAUGCACUGAAGGACUGUGACAAAGAGCAGUUGAAACAAUAUGGAUGUGAGUUUGUUCUGAACACUCCAUCCUCAAGCCACAUGGGAGGUGUUUGGGAGAGGCAGAUUAGGACCAUUAGAAGCGUUUUAACUGCUAUUCUGGAUAAAACUUCUAAGAGACUUGAUAGUUCUUCCCUCAGAACGUUUCUGUAUGAGGUGAUGGCUAUUGUGAAUAGCAGGCCGUUAACAGUAGAAAACCUGAGUGAUUCAAGUUUAGAGCCUCUUACACCGAAUCAUAUUCUCAUGAUGAAGUCCAGUGUUAUUCUACCUCCUCCUGGUGAAUUUGUGAGUCAGGACUUGUACCUGAGAAAGAGAUGGCGCCAAGUUCAGUUUUUAGCCAAUGAAUUCUGGACAAGGUGGAAGAAGGAAUAUCUUCUUACUCUUCAACAGAGACAAAUCUGGCAAAGAAACAAAAGGAAUGCAAAGCUGAACGACAUUGUUAUUCUUCAAGAGGACAGUUCUCCAAGGAACAAGUGGAAACUGGCAAGAGUAACAGAGGUAUAUCCAAGCACAGAUGGAAGGAUCAGGAAGGUGAAGCUGUUGCUCAGUGACUCGACCUUGGACAAGGAUGGCAAAAGGACUGUCAAGCCAGUGUAUCUUGAUAGACCAGUUCACAAAACUGUGUUGUUACUGGAAGCAGAGUGAAUGCUAAAAUGUACAUAUAUUCCUAUUGUUAUGUUAUAUGUUUCAAGUGAAAUCACCAUAGGUUAGUGAUUUGGUGGGAGUUUUACUGCCAUAAUUUAGUUGACAUGUUUUAUUUUGUAUUAUGCACAUUUUUUGUUAUUGCGACUCUUAUUUUGAAAGGUUAAAGUAGGAAGUCCAUUCCAGCAUAUUGCUAGGGAACCAGAAAAGGAAGAUGCAUGCGAUAGGAAAGCAUAGCUUUAGCAAGUGACUGUAAAAGGGUCAUUUAAGUUAAAGAAUUUAUGUAAUAACCUCAUUUCUACCUCGAAAGGAAGGGUCAGCCAGCGAGUUCGACGGUGGUGUUGGUGUCAGUGGGUCAAGUGAAAUUGUAACAAGAGCAACUUUAAAGAACGACAUUAAAGCUGACUUCACACCAGCAGUACAACGAACUCUUUAUUGCCGUUAAGAAGAAGAGGUGGAAG